UCUUUGGAGCACUGAACAUGAGGCAGAUGUUACUUUGCUAGAUCUAAAAUUUGUCAAAAGGCACAUUGUCAACUUACAAAAUCGCACAUGUACUUGUAGAGUUUGGCAAGUUUCUGAAAAGUCGUGCAUGCAUGUACUUUCUUUCAUUUGUAGCAUCAAUGGUGCUGAGAUUCAGAAAUAUGUAGAUGAUUACUAUUCCGUGGAGAAGUUCAAGGCAACAUAUGUUGGGAGAAUUCCAUCCAUGACCGACAAGUGACAAUGGAUAACUGUGGAUUUGGGAUUCAAGGUGCACCCUCCUUUGCAGAAGGCAGUGGCUGGUAGACCAAGAGUUCAAAUAAUUAGAGGGUGGCUAGAACCUGGUAGGAAAAUAGUCAAGUGUAAGAGAUGCAAGGAGCCUGGCCACAUGAAAAAGACAUGCAAAGUUCCUGAUCCUAAGUAUGUGGCUGUAGAUGAUGAUAUACAUGAAGGUGUACCAGAUCCAUCUACACCGACAACAAAAAGGAAGAAAGAUGAUGAAACAGCUGCUACCAUGGAUGGUCAUGUAUCAGAUGAUGAAAUUCUUAUCAACCUCAUAAGGAAAAAGGCUAGAACAACUCCGCAAAAGCCCAACACACCAGCCAAGAAGAAGACACCUAUCAAGAGAGCUACAACACAAGAGAAGGCCAAGAAUAAAACUCAUGUGAAGAAAGGUUCAUCACAAGAAAAGGUCAAGAAGAAGACACCUGUAAGGAAACCUACCACGCAAGAGAAGGCGAAGAAAAAGACACCGGUGAAGAAUAGCAAGAAGAAUGUUCCAUUUGCGCCUAUUUUACCUCCACCUCCACCUUCAACAGUGCAGCCUACGUUUGGUGCAAAAAUUAGCCUUCUUUACUGGCUUGGUGGCUAAUGGUUGUUCAUUCAAUUGUUCCGCUUGAAAUUGCUUUUGAUACUAGAUAUGUUAACUAUUUGCUAUGGAUCAGUAUUGAAUCGUGCUUGUGAACCUGUCUGUUAAAUCAUUCUUGUGAACCUAUUAUGUAAACUACUAUGACUGUUAAUCUAUGAAAACUUGUGCUGAA